AUGGUGUUUAGAAAAUUUGAAACACAACCUGAUCAAUCGAAAUGCAAUAUUUUCAUUUUAGAUUCUGAAACAACUGGUCUUACUUCCAAUGCAGAAAUUAUUGAACUUUUGUGUGCUUGUUUAAAUGGGGAAGCAUUUUAUCGUAAACCAAACCCAACCAUCUCCAUUACUCCAGAGUCUACCAAAAUCAACAAUCUCACAAGCCAUGAUUUAACAGGUCACCAAUAUUGGGAAAAGGUUGAAGAGGAAUUUUUUAAUUUUAAUUAA